CCUCUUUCAACCGGAAAUCCCACACCUUCAAUUGGACUGACACUCAGCAACAUCCAAUGAGAAGUGUCAUAGAUACUUGAAUGAUGCGUGAUGUGGCCAAUAGGCGCAGGGAUAAAGCCGCUUUAGCGGCAGUAGAUGUAGAGCUGAUUUGCAACCCGCCGAAGGAGAUCUGGAGAAGAAGGAAAAUGUCUCCUGUCUCACCACGCACCGUUCUAGGAUCAGCUUGCUGUUAGGAAAAAGCAACGAGCAAAGUGGUGAGUCGGAAAAUCCUCACUACUUGCACUACAAUGAAGACUUUACCCUAAACUGACCUUAGCAGUGUGUAAGCACAAACUCAUCCUAAUCCUGAAGCUGAGACAAAUACAGAAAAGUUCAGGAGAAACUCUUCGCACUCCAAAACAGUCACCCAGGAAGUAAAGAGGAAAUUACAUCCGAGCCGAUGGAACCAAAUCCCAGCCUGGCGGGGGUGGACUCCCAAGGCAACAUGGUGUUUAGAGUGGGGAAACCUGUCAUGGGCAUCUUCCAAGUCUCCUCAGAACAGACCAACUCUGUGGGACAGGGGGUGUUUCAGCAGACUAUGGUCGAGGGGCUGACAGGGUUACCAGGGUUAUCCAACCACCCCUCCAUGGUGCUGGGGGAUGGACAGAGGCAGCAGGGAAUGGGGGACGUGAACCAGAUGCAAACCCAGAUUCAGAUCCCGGCAGGCGACACCACCCAGACUCAGACUGGUGCUCCAGACCACAACCACGUACCCCAUGUUCCGUUUGCUGAGGUGUCGUCUCUCCUGGACCCCAACAUGAAGAGCUCCAAGGCCCGUAAGUACCUGAUACCCUAUGACGAGAUCAAGCGUCGUCUGGAGGCUCCAGAGAAGAUGUCUCUGCGUUCGCUAGCAGCAUACACCAGGGUCAGCCGCGGCCCGGCCAGCAAGAAAACGCUUCAGGAGUCUCUAAAUAUACUGGGCCUCACUCCUAGUACUACUACUGCUGUAUCCUCCUCCUUCUCCAAGCUCACAGAGGGUGACACCAAAGCCCUGUGUAACGACAUGAAGGACUUUGCCCAUGACUACGUGGACUUUGGAAACAUGGCCAAGCAGCUUAUACCAGAGACUAACACAGUUCAACACUGGUCAAAGGUCAUAGAAACCAGGAGCCACCUGGAGGCGAUGAGGACGUGUUUCCAUGACCCGGUCAACAGUGCGUUGUUCGACAACGUGACUCACGGCCUGGGCCUCGGGAUGCUCGACACCGCCCUAGACAUGAUCACCAUGGUGAUUGACAAACAGAUUCGCAUCCUGUCCGGCGCCGCUGCAACCGAUCCCGUCGACACGGGUCCUCCAAUGAGACGCAUCCGCCGCCGCCACCGCAAGCCCCGAGACGACGGCAACGACAAACCGCACAGGGCAGUGGGCGGGGUUAAAGGUCAAGGGAAAGGAUCGGGGAAGGGCAAAGGGAGGGGCCGAGGCAGGAAGAAGGCGCAGCUGCAGGAGUCCGGAACCCCGGUUGGUGUUGCCAUGGAUACAACCCAGCAGCAGGAUCAAGAGCAUCGUCAGCCAGAGGAUGUGGAGAGCAGUGUUCUUACACUUGUCUCCGUCGGUUACGAGACCAUAUCCAGUGGCCUCAACGCCACGGUACAGCUCUGAAGAUGUUUAAUUGUUGAACAAACAAUGCUUGACAGGAGUCAGACUUCGCUGAACAUUUCCCCAAUGGGGUGGCUGGGAGCAGAACAGUCUUAGUAACGUUGUGAUGUGUAGACGUCACUCAGGUCUGGGCUAUGGAACCCCAAACAUUCAGAGGAAGACCUGUAGAGGACACCGGGGGACGUUCAGGGACGUCACAUCAUUUUGGUUUAGUAUUUUAGUUUAGUUUUUGUGCCGCAGCUGUUGCCUACUGAUACACUCAAUCAAUGUAUAUGUUUAUUUGUUAAGCACAGAGGUGAUGAUUACAGCUUUAUUAAAGUGGAAAUCAAUUCAAAUGACAGAGAAGCGUUGAUGUUGAAAAAUCUACAAUGUAGAAAUUAGUCUCAAUUCGGGUCUUUGGAUAAGGCCGUUCCUUUGUUUGACCUACUCAUCUGGCAUUGGAUAGCCCAGUUGAUUUCGAUCAUGAGUAGACCUCAUAGCUCUCUCCACCUCUCCAUUACUGUAACAUGGGGAACACAUUAUGCCAGUACUUAGUCAAUGAUUGUAUGUUUAUAUUGAAACCUGGAGUGCUGAAAUACUUGUAUUAAAAGCUUUAAUUUUCUUAA